AUGACCACUUUAAAUGAAGAUGUGAUGGAAUUGAAAACCAACGAGCCUAUUUCAUCAUCAUCAUCAUCAUCACUAUUAAAACCUCAUCAUCAUCAUUAUCAUGAAUCAUCAGGAUAUUCGUCUAAAGAAGUUGAAUGCAGUAGUCCAGAAAAUAAGACUUAUAGUCAACAUCGACAACAUGAUACUAAAUUGAGAAUUACUGCAAACAAUAAUAAUAAUAACAACAACAACAACUAUAAUAAUAAUAAUAAUAAUAAUAAUAAUAACAAUAGUAAUAGAACAGGUGAUAUUCAUCGUCAACGCCAUAGAUUACCUACGACGUCAACAACAAUAUCAAAUAGCGGUUCAUUAUUUGUUGAAGAAUCUUCAUCAGAACCGAACGAUACUGAAGCAACAGUCAUGACUCUCGAUAAAUCGAUUCAUCGUCUAUCACCGAUCUGUGAUGAACAACUACUACCAACAACGAAUACAUUAUCAAAUAAUCAACAUUUUCCUGUAAUUAUUCAGCCCGAUGAUAAUCAUAUUUGUCCAUCUCCGUCAUCACCACUAUCAUCAACAGCAUAUUCUAGGCAUUCAGCUAAAUCACAUUCACAUCAAGCAACGCUAUUAGCUCGUCGUCAUUUUCAUGUUUAUGAUUGGACUCGUCUUUCAUUUUAUGAUAAUGUACCACCACCCCUCGGUUAUCAAAGUGAACCAUCAUUUAUCGAUAAUCAUUCUCCCACAACAACAUCAACAUCAUCUGCAGAUGAAAAUAAUACAAAACAUUCAUCAUUAAAACAUUUACGUUCAUCAACGGACAGAAAAGAUUCAGGCCUUGAUACAAGUAGCGUAGAAAAGCAAAUUGAUUCUAUUGCAUUAACAACUGAUACUGAUCCAUUACAUCGUUCAACAACUUCUCUAUCAUCAUCUCUAUCAUCUGAAAGUGAUACAACAAAUACUAUCCCAUCACCAUCAACGCCAUCACGUUUACCAACUAGUCGUAAAAUUCGUGUUAAAUGGCAUUCAUUUACAAAAUCUCAUCGUCCAAGUUUUAAUUCAUCAAAAUAUCAUCUAGGACAAAUGUCUGUUGGACAAUUAUUUGCUUUACGUCGUGCAGCAUCAAUACGUAUACAAGAAUUACUUGAUACAACAAGAAUUUUAUCCUCAAAUACAGACGAUCAAAUACCAGCACUCAUUCAUACAACAGUGGCAACAUCACAAAGUUUACUUGUAACUGCAUUUAGUGCCGUGCCAAAAUUAAUCAUUCGACGACAUCAACAAAGAAAAGAGGGUCAUCGUGAAGUAAAAGAUAUUAAAAAAUCUGUAUUUGGUGUAUCACUUCUUUCGAUGACUCAACGUACUGGACAUCCAGUACCGAUAACAAUAAUAUCAGCAAUGAAAUAUUUAAGACGAACAUCAAUUGAUAGUGUUGGAAUAUUUCGUAAACCUGGUGUGUCGCAUCGUAUAAAACGUCUACAUGAUUUAAUUGAAUCUGAUCUUGAAUUUCAUCAAUUCGAUGAUUUCAGUCCAUACGAUGUAUCUGAUGUAUUAAAACAGUAUUUUCGUGCAUUACCUGAAUGUUUAUUUACAAUAAAAUUAUCUCCACUAUUUCUAAAUAUAAGUGAACAUUUCUCUGUCAUUUCAUCUUCAACACCAAUGGAUUCAACAUUAAUUAAAUUAAACAAUGAACGUCGUCUACUUUCCUUACAAUACGCUGUGCUUCUAUUACCAGAUGAAAAUCGUCUUGUUUUACAUUUACUUUUAUCAUUUUUAAAUGAUGUUUCUAAACAUUCAAAAACCAAUCAAAUGAGUUCAAUUAAUCUGGCAACGUGUUUUGCACCGACUCUAUUUUCAUUUUAUAAUUACAAUAAUACUCAUAAUCAUAGUAUAGAUCUAACUGAUUCAGCAUCAGCAUCAAUGCGUAAACAUUCACAAUCAAUGGCUGCCUCUAAUAUAGUGGGUAUGCCUGAUUGGAGAGAAAUUCAAGAACAACGUAAAGCUAUGGAAAUUCUUGCAUUUUUAAUUGAUAACGUCCGUUUAUUAUUUCUUGUACCCGAUGAACUUCAUCAAGCAUGCCAUUUUUCUUAUAUCGAAAUUGGUGAACCAUGCACACUUGAUGAAUUAGCUCGUCGUGUAUCAGAAGCAACAACAUCGAUAACAAGUACAACAACACCAGCUAUAAACAAAUAUCGUCGAUGUUCAUCCAGUCAUCUUGUUGGUAAGCGUACAGCACAGCAACGUGCCACGGAAAUCGGUACAAUAUCAGCAUCAGACUCUAUUGGUUCAUUAUCGUCAUCUCCAUCAGUAUCAUCCUCGUGUGAAAAUAUGUUAUUAAAUGAUAGUUUAAAUGGAAAUCAGUGUCAAACAUCACCAUCAUCAUCAUCAACAACAACAAAAUCAUUUUCAUCAUCACAUUUAUUAAUGAAUGACACAAAUAAUUCUCUAACUUCUUUAUCGUCAGCAAUAAAUUCAAAAAAUUCUUCCUAUCAAGGAUUUAUCGAUCGCUGUAUUGUUGAAGUUAUGCGUGAAUCAUGUUCUAAUAAAUUAAAAGGAUGGACAUCAUUUGGAAAAAACAAUGAAUUAGAAUUAGCAUUUAAAAAAUUAGAUGAUGGCCAUCCACUUGGAUUAUGGAAAUGUUCAGUGGAAAUUGAAGCACCACCUAUUGAAAUAUUGAAUCGACUUUUAAAUGAACAACAUUCAUGGGAUGAUGAUUUUCAAUCCGGUACAAUAAUAGAACAGUUAAAUCAAAAUACACAUGUUUAUCAAUAUACACUAAAUUCAAUGGCCCCUCUAGCAUCACGAUAUUUUUGUGAAGUACGUAGUUGGAGAACGAAUAUUCAAAUAAAUAUAAAUGGAAAUUAUCAAAAUUCAAUCUCAACAAAUGAUACUAAUGUAAUGACAGCUCCUGCUGGUUCAUCAUCAUUGGCAUCAUCAAGUGCAAUAGCAUCGUUCAUUACAACCCAAAAUCCGAAUAAUCAAAAACGAGAUGCUUGUGUACUUGUUUGUACAUCAAUUGAACAUCCAAAAGCACAUUGUCCACCAACGCUUGUUCGUGCUGUUACACUAGCUUCUCGGUAUUUAAUACAAUCUGUUGGUUGUGGAAAAUCAAAAGUAACACAUUUAAGUCGUGUCGAUUUAAUGGGACGUUCUCAUGAAUGGUAUACGAAAGCAUAUGGUUCAAUAUUAACACGAUCAAUGAUCAAACUCAGAGAUUCAUUUAUCCAUUUAAAUACGGGACCCGAAACAAAAGUCUGA